AUGGCACAAAUCCAAUUCAUGAGAUUCAACCGAACGCGAUUAAUUAAAUUUGUAAUUGUUGUUAGUAUUAUAACAAUUAUUUCGAACAUAACUGAAGGUGUAUUUUCGAUGAUCUUUGGCCAACAAACAAGAUCUGUUAGUUUAGUAAUUUUUGGUAUCGCAUCAUUUGUUGAGACAGCAUCUUCAAUAUUAGUAUUAUGGCGUUUCACUGUUGAACUUCGACAAAAUGUUGUCAAAGAUCAAAAAUUAGUUGAAUAUGAGAGAAAAGGAACAUUAGGGAUUGGUGGUUUAUUCAUUAUAUUAGCUACUG